AUGUUUCGCAGCGGUGUUAAAUCGGCAGCCUGCACUGCCCGGAGAGGCUUUGCCACCGCCUCGCCCGUGAGCGCGGCCCGGAAUCACAGAGUCGUCGUGGUCGGCGGUGGUAGCGCCGGUCUGGCAAUCAGUCACCAGCUGCUCCGAUCCGGCAAGUUUUCCCAGGACGACAUCGCCGUGGUUGACCCGGCCCAAUGGCACCACUACCAGCCUGGCUGGACCCUCGUCGGUGGUGGCCUCAAGAACAAGGAGGACCUGCGCAGUCCCAUGCACGGCUUGAUCGACCCCAAGCUCAAGUUCUACAACGACGGCGUCGGCAACUUCUCCCCCGAAAACAACCAGGUCACUCUCGCCAACGGCGACCAGGUCAACUACGAGCAGCUGGUCGUUGCGCCCGGCAUCAACAUCAACUAUGACAGCGUCAAGGGCCUGCCCGAGGCUCUUGCCAACCCCGACUCUCUCGUCUCGUCCAUCUACGGCUACGACACCGUCGACAAGGUGUUCCCCUCCAUUGAGAAGCUGCGCAAGGGUGCCGCCAUCUUCACCCAGCCCGCCGGUGUGAUCAAGUGCGCCGGUGCACCCCAGAAGAUCCUCUGGUUGGCGCUGGACCACUGGAAGCGCGCCGGUCUGUACACCCCCGGCAACGUCUCGAGCUCCCCCAUCCAGAUCAGCUUCGCCACCGGUCUUCCGUCCAUGUUCGCCGUGCCCAAGUACAGCGCCGCGCUGGAGGGUCUGCGCCAGGAACGCGGAGUCGAGGGACUGUUCCAGCACGACCUCGUGGAGAUCGACGGUAACACCGCCACGUUCGCCCGCCCGGAUGGUCAGGAAUCCGUGAAGAAGCCGUUCGACCUGCUGCACGUGGUGCCCAAGAUGGGCCCCCACGGCUUCGUCAAGAGCAGCCCCAUCGCCAACGAGGCCGGCUACGUCGACGUCGACGCCGGCACGACGCGCCACGUCAAGUAUGCCAACGUCUGGUCCGCCGGCGACGCAUCCAGCCUUCCUACCUCUAAGACCGCCGCUGCCAUCACCUCGGAGGCGCCGGUCCUGGUGCGCAACCUGCUGCAGUCGAUCGAGGGCAAGGAGCUCGACGCGACGUACGACGGCUACGCAUCGUGCCCGCUCACCACCGAGUACGGCAAGGUGCUCCUGGCCGAGUUCAAGUACGGCGGUCAGCCCAAGGAAACGUUCGCCAAGUUCGGUCUUGACCAGUCUGUUCCUCGUCGGUCGUUCUACUACCUUAAGAAGGACUUCUUCCCCUGGGUGUACAUGAACCACAUGGUGAAGGGAACCUGGGCCGGCCCGAAGGGAUGGAUCAACUAA